UCCUCUCUCCGGGGCUGGGCGGAGUGAAGUCGCGCCGCUCAAAUCUGCUCUUUUUCAGCACCCGUUUCACCUCAGACCAUCCGCAGUCUCCACUCGACCUCGCCUAGGAAGAACGGACGCACGCACACCCAGACGCUCCCUCUCCACAAACUAACCAAGAACGGAAGCUGCUUUCUCAGUGAUUGACAGACUCUCUUCGAGAUGGCAUCCCAGAAAAACGAGAACAUGGCAAACAAGGGACCCUCGUACGGGCUGAGCCGUGAGGUGGCGAGCAGGAUCGAGAAGAAGUACGACGCAGAGCUGGAGGACAGACUCACAGAGUGGAUCAUAGUGCAGUGUGGGCCCAGCGUGGGGAAGCCAGAGCCCGGCCGGCAGGGCUUCCAGGCAUGGCUGAAGGAUGGCAUUGUCCUCAGUGAGCUGAUAAACAGCCUGUACCCUCCCUCAGAGAAGCCCAUCAAGAAGAUCCAGACCUCCACCAUGGCCUUCAAGCAGAUGGAGCAGGUGGCCCAGUUCCUGAAGGCGGCCGAGAACUAUGGAGUGGUGAAGACUGACAGCUUCCAGACUGUCGACCUGUGGGACGGGAAGGACUUGGCAGCGGUUCAGCGGACGAUCCUGGCCCUGGGCAGCAUCGCUGUCACGAAGGAUGACGGCUUUUACAAGGGAGACCCCAGCUGGUUUCACAGGAAGGCUCAUGAGAAUCGUCGUGAUUUCAGUGACGAGCAGUUGAAGGAGGGGAAGAACGUGAUCGGUCUGCAGAUGGGCUCCAACAAGGGGGCUUCGCAGGCUGGGGGCACUGGGUACGGACGACCCAGGCAGAUCAUCAACAACUGAGCUGAGAGGGGCGAGAAACCAACCAGGAGACACCCCCAGCCAAUCCAAAGACACUCUGGGAUACCUCCCCGCCCCAUGCAACCACCAAUCAGGAGACAGCCCGACCCAGGCACAGCCUAUCCCAGUGCGCACUCUUCCAGGGGGGGCAUCCUCCUGCACAGCAAAGUCUUAAAAGGUCCAAGAAGGAUCUCUUGAACCAAAAACUUUCCGACCAAAAAAAUGAAAACAUGACCAAAAUCAAGAAACCUGAGGGAAGAGAGAGACCUUAUUCCACUCCAUAAUACACACCCCUUACUCAUAACACACACUCCCCUCUGUAACACACACACUCACACACACUUCUUGUAGUUUUGUUUUUAUUUAAAUCUUGAAUGUCUUAAUUAUCUGUUUGUUUCUUACCCCAAGUAAGAAACAAACAAAAAUAACUACAUUUAAUAAAAACAACUGCAUUCCCCGGACCGGCUUCUCCCACUGUCUCUCGAGUGAAAUUGCAUCAGAAUUUCUUACAAUUUCCUUGUCAAACCCCCAAAUUUUGUAAAUGUUCUUUUGAAAUGAUAAUAAUAAUAAAAUAAGUCCAGUUUAAUCGA